AUGGUUUCCGAGUCGCAAUUGCAGACGCUCAAGGAAAGAGCACUAGCCAACCGGGCCAAGGCGUACUGUCCGUACUCGAACUUCCAUGUGGGGUGCUGCCUGCUUGCAAACGGCGAGUUUUUCGACGGGGCCAACGUCGAAAACGCUUCGUACGGGGGCGCGAUCUGCGCCGAACGCACGGCCGCAGUGGCCGCCGUGACACAGGGCCACACCAGGUUCGAGGCCGUGGCCAUUUCGGGCGACCUCGCCACGUGCAUCUCGCCGUGCGGGAUCUGCCGGCAGUUCCUGCGCGAGUUUUCGGCGCUGGACGUGCCGAUCUACAUGUACAACAAGGACGGAUCGAAAAUGGAAAAACUCACCAUGAACGAAAUCCUGCCGCAGAGUUUUGGCCCUGCCGAUUUGGGCAAAUAG